AGACCGGUGCAACUGUCAAUCACUCGUUCUCCAGCCAAUCACGUCGCUGCAUGGGUGAACAUGAGGAGCAGCAGCGAGCGGGGGAGAUGUUCGAGAUGUUCAUGGUGGUGUCUCAGCUCAGCGGUGCUUCUCUCUGUGAUUCUUAAUCGCAAAUCGAACAAAACUCGCAUUUGAAAAUGGCACAAGCUUCUUGACUGAGAACGGAAAUAUGCAGCAGGAUAAUUAAGCAUGGCUGCCCAUCGAAUUCGAAUAGCAAACAACAACAACGCAAUACCUCGCUGCAAGUCUGAGGGAACGCUUAUUGAACUAAGUUCUGGUGUAUCAGAAGCCACUCUCUCCAAUGUUAAAGUGCCAAGCCCAAGUACUUUACGACUGGAAGCUACUGCGUCGAUUGAAUCUGCUAGAGAAGUCGUCGCCAUUAAGGAUUACUGUCCAUCAAACUUCACUACCCUCAAGUUUUGUAAGGGAGACCAUCUUUAUGUCCUUGACACAUCUGGCGGAGAGUGGUGGUACGCCCAUAACAACACAGAGAUGGGCUACAUCCCAGCAGCCUACGUCCAGCCUGUGACGAAUCGAGAAUCUUCUGUGUCUUGUGACGUUUCCUGUGACAGUGGCAUGAUCGACAGCCUAGGAGACGUUUCUAACGAUGGGUCCAAAGUUCCUGAGCAACGUGGAGAAUGGUCGGAGCACAUCAAACCUACACUUGCUCAAAACGGAAACCCUUUUGUUACCCAGCGGAUGUCUCUCAACCCAUUCCUUGAAGCCUCCUUGCUAUCUGAUCAAAACAGUAUCCAGAGUUCGACCGAGCGCCUCGGUUUCGAUACAUCCUCUUCUACAGUCUCCAAAAACAGCAGCAGUAUUCACAGCAACAAUUUCGGGAGUAAUAUUUUGGAUGCAUUUGGCUCGAACUCUGGCUCAGACCGAGGACCAGUUCUUCGACGGGACAAUCCGUUUUAUAGAAGCAAGCGUUGUUACAGUUUAUCCGAACUGUCCAUUUUGCAGUCGCAGUCAGAUACCCCACCAGAAUUCUUGGGUUUUUUUAAUAGCUUGAAAGCACCUUCGCCUGAGCAGUUUCAAAGCAGAGAAGAUUUCAAAAAUGCCUGGUUAAACCACCGCAAGUUUACAAGGUCCUGCCAUGACCUCGAUUCCAUUGGCCAGAAUCCUGGAUGGGGACAAACUCAACCAAUAGAGACCAACAUUGUGUGCAAACUGGACAGCUCAGGUGGCGCCGUUCAGUUACCUGACACUAGUAUUAGCGUCCUUGUACCCGAGGGUCACGUCGCACCAGAUGACACUCAGCAGAUAUCUUUGAAGGCCUUGCUGGACCCUCCAUUGGAGCUAAACAACGACAAAUGUACCACUGUGAGCCCAGUGGUGGAGAUCAAGCUUAGUAAUAUGGAAACCAAAACCACUUUAACAUUAGAGAUGAAAGUGUCCGUUGUAGUCAAGAUGGAGAGUCGACAAUUGGCAGACGUCAUCUGUGUCCGAAGCGAUUGCAAAGAAGGACCCUACGUUCCGAUUCCUAACGUGUAUAUGUAUGGAGAUACAGUCCAGGUAACCUUGGACAAUUUAGAGCCAUGCAUGUAUGUAUCAGUUGUUGCUCAGGCUCAAGAUGUCGCCCCGUACAACACAGUCUGGGAGCAUGUUGUAAAGAAGGUCACACUUGGCGUUUACGGGCCCAGGCAUAUCCAUCCAUCUUUUAAGACAGUUGUCGCCAUUUUUGGCCAUGAUUGUGCCCCAAAAACCUUGUUAGUAAGUGAGGCUAAAAUGCAGCCCCACUCUAUUCCACCAGUGUCCCUUCAACUCUGGGGAAAACACCAGUUUGUGCUUUCAAAGCCCCAAGAUCUUAAGGUUGGUGUGUAUUCCAACAUCUCGAAUUAUGAAGUUAAAAUGAGCGAGCAGACCAGGGUUGCGCGGAGUUUUCAGCUGAAGCUCGGCAAAGUGUCACGCCUCAUCUACUCGAUCGCCGCUCGAGAUCCGGACAUCAUCUCGGACUUCACUUUGCGCAUUCAGGUUAAAGACGACCAGGACUGCAUCAUUGCCCAGUUCUGCGUGCAGACGCCACCUCCUCCACCAAAGGUUGCAACAAGCUCCGCGCAGAGGCGUUUUUUAAAGAAAAAGGAAAAGCACAAAAGCUUACUGCCACCCAUCAUAGGAGUCACGAAGUACCCGGAGUUCCAGGACAGACCAGUCAAAAAUAUCAAGUUUGGCAAGCUGCUAAAAACCGUCCUUAGACAGACAAAGAGCCAGUAUCUGUUGGAGUAUGUGAAAGGAGACGUGGUGUCGAUAUUGAGUGAGGAAAAAAUCAAACUUAAAGGCCAUCUUUGGACCAAGGAGUGGUACAUUGGGUACUAUCAUGGCAGGAUUGGAUUGGUCCACACCAAGAACAUUCUUAUAAUGGGAAAGGUCAAACCGGUGAAUUAUAAGGGGCCUGAGUUAACCUCUACUCUCCUUUUAGAUCUGAUUCUGAUCCCUUCCAAAUGUCUGACUUACAUGUAUUCAUCGUUGAGGACUAUACUGAUGGAAAACAUCAUUAGCUGGAGAGCUUUCGCUGACGCCUUGGGCUACAUCAACCUUCCUUUGGCACACUUUUGUCGUUCUGAGCCGAACAGCGAAGCAGAAAAAGUGGCCUGCGUUCUUGAGAAGCUUAAAGAAGACUCCAACUCAUCUGAAGUGAAGCAGAAGAAGUGUUUCCAGAAGGAGCUCUUCAUGGCCCUGUUGAAACUGGACUGUCAGGGGCUGGUGGCCAGGCUGGUGAAGGACUUUGCGCUUCUUACUGCAGCAGUCGAAGUGUCGGACCGCUGGAGAGAUCUGGCGGAAAAACUCACGAAAAUAUCCCGCAAGCAGAUGGAUUCGUACGAGGCUCCCUACAGAGGGGUGGAUGGCAGGCUCGAGAAUGAGGCCAUGUGGAAGCCGGCGUACGAUUUCCUGGUCACCUGGGCGGCCCAGAUCGGCGAAAGUUACAGGGACAUCCUCCAGGAGCUUCACACCGGUCUGGACAAAAUGAAGAACCCCAUUACCAAGCGCUGGAGACACUUAACAGGAACACUUAUCCUCAUCAACUGCUUGGACCUGUUACGGAGCACCGCCUUCAGCAACGCCCCCCAGGACGACGAUGCCGCCGUUUAGACGUCGCGGAUCGACGUCCUGUUCACGAAAUAUAGUGCAAUAUACGGUGUAGGUCAUGUCGGAAAGCAUGUAGAGUUUACCCAUAAUCCUUAGUGCUGUUAGAAGAUUGAAUAUGAGCAUCAAUGUUAUUGCUUAUUAGCAUCCUAAUAGCUGGUUCAUGAUCCUGGAUCCUGAUCUGGACUAUAUGGACAAAAGUAUUAGAACAUCUGACUUUUCUAGCCACGUGUUUCCUUCACAAAAUUUCAGGAAACACAAUUGUACAGAAUGCCUUUGGAGCAUUGAAUUUUCCAUUCACUUGAUCUAGAAGACCCAAACUUGCUCCAGGAUGACAAUGCUCCUGUGCACAAAUGAUGAAGAGUUGGUUUAAAUGGUGUGGAGUGGAAGAUCUCCAGCUGUAGAGCUCCUAUUGCACACCAUUAGGAUGAACGCUGACUGCACCUCAGGGCUCCUCGGAUACUUCACCAAAAUCUAAUGGACCAUUUCCCCAGAAGAGUGGAAGUUAUUAUGAAAGCAAAUGGGGACUUAAUGUUAUCUGGGAUGUUCCAAAAGCUCAUGUGCUCAGGUGACCUUAAACAUUUGUCCAUUAUAGGGCAUAAAAGAACAAGCUCUUUAUCGUUCACACGUCUUUGCCUUUGUUGAAACCAUUUCUUAAAUUGAGCGAGAUGUUUACUCUAAGACUGUUCACCAAGCAUUAAGCAUUGAUAUUAUUUACACUUACAGAACAUUUCAGACAUCGGUUACACACUCAAACGACUGAAAGGAUCUAACAUGAUGCUUGAAAUAUGUGCCAAACACUGUGUUUUUAACGUUAAUGUAUGUUUGUCCUUUAUAAUUCAUUUUGUAUAUUCACUGUCUGGCCAAAAAAAGUCUCCACCUGGUCCUAGUGCCUGCCUGAUAAGCCUGUGGGGGCAUUUUUACAUGGAUUGGCCACCACAGUCCAGAACUUAACCCCAUCAAGGAUCUUUGGGAUGUGAUUGAGAAGACUUCACGCAGAUGUCCGACCCUCACAGCAUGAAUUUAAAAUCUUGAUCUGCGUUGAAACUUGGAGACGGAUGAUCCACUGUGGCGACCCCUAAUGGGAGCAGCCGAAAAAGAAGAAGAAGAUCUGUGUUGAAACUAUGGCCAUUAUUAAAUAGAACUGAAUUGAAUUGGGUGGAAAUAAACUUCGUGGCAUUCCAGAAGCUUAUGAGAACGAUGCUGAUGUGUUUAAAGCGAAAAGGCAAAUCAUAAAAAUAUUAGUGUGAGACUUUUUGGAAUUUUUAAUUUUUUUUGGCCAAGCAGUGUGUAUAUAUAUAUAUCGAGUUUUUUUGCAUUUCUAACAUGUUCAUACUGAAUGCUGUUAAAAAAAACCACACAAACUGACAUUGCUAUACUGCCUAUUAAUAAAAAGUGUAUACUUUUUUUUUUUUUUUUUGCACCAAAUGAACCAUUCCAUUUAUAUUGUCAUGCCUGAUAAAACUGACUUUUUUAAUAUAUAUAUGAAUUGAAAUGCAUAUGUAAGUGUGUGUAAAUAUUUUGAAAAGAUACACGGUCCCUGUCUUCAAUGCAUGUUCUGUUUUUUGGAUAAAAGGACACUUGUUACAAAUUCA